AUGGGGAGGAGACAGGCAGCGGAGGGGGAGGCUGAGCGAGUGGAGGCGAGGGCUGGGGAUUUGUCAGCGAGCAGGAGACGACAUGACUCCCCCAGCUGAUCCUUUCUCCCAGGGCUGUGUGUGUGUGUGUGCGUGCGUGCGUGCACUGUUCCACGCCAGUGGUCAUCCAACCCUUGCUCUGGCAAGCCCUCAGUUUCCUCCAUUCUGCACUCUCACACCAAUGUGACACAUUCACCUUCAGCCAGUGACCAGGCUUAUAUAAGAAAUGCUUUGUGAGGCAGUGAGAUAAGUACACCUGAGUGGUAUACUGUCUUCAGUAUUGUCUCCUUGCUGUCUGCUGUGGUAUUGUAUAUGAGAGGUCUUGAAGAAGUUGUCUUAUUAUUGUUGAUAGCUUCACAAUGAGGAUGUAAUCCAGUCAAUUGGAGCUUGCUGGCCAAGAAAUCAUGUAUGAAUAGAUAAGGCAAUGAAACGUGAUGUGUUUCGCAAUGAGCUCCUCUGUCGAUUAAUAAGUUAUGGGGUAUUUUUUAAAGAGCGGUCUAUUGAUUAUCUUACCAUACCUUCCAUCAAUUAAAGUAGGUUUUCAUAAUGGUAAGUACAGGGCAACAGUAACAGAACAGGGUGUGUUCAUUAGGGCCCAAACGAAAAUAAACAAACUGAAACAGGGAGGGACUACUUGAAUUCUUCCAAUAAAACAUUCUAAAGCAUUUUAUUUUGCGUGCCCUAAUGAACACAGCCCAAGUUAUGUUUUAUUUUGCCAUCUACUGCACCUCCAGGAACCAAACAGGUGGCAUUGAUAGGCCUACAGUCUGCAUGAGGUAUUGUCAUGCAUUGAAACGUCUCAUGCGAUCACACGGAACUCAUUACAGGCCUAAAUCCUGUUUGGAUGCACAUAUUGAAGUUAAGAGUGUAAGCAGAGGCUGGCCAGCAUGGGAUGGACAUCAUUAAACAGUGAUCAUUGUUUCUCAUUAGAUCCAUACGCAUUAGUCAGUAGAAUAAGCACUAUCAGGUCACCCCACCAACCUUCUGUUUUCCACAUGCAUGCGCCUCAACGAUAUGGAUAUAAUAAUAAUAAUAAUAAUAAUAAUAAUAAUAAUAAUAAUAAUAAUAUGCCAUUUAGCAGACGCUUUUAUCAAAAGCGACUUACAGUCAUGCGUGCAUACAUUUUUGUGUAUGGAUGGUCCCAGGGAUCGAACCCACUACCCUGGCGUUACAAGCGUCGUGCUCUACCAGCUGAGCUACAGAGGACCACAAUAUAUACUGUGCUGCAGGCGGGUGGUGAUCCUUUUUGAUCCUGCAUCUCUGCCUGUGGGUUUAAACUGGAUGCCUGGAUGCCACCAUAGUUGGCAGUGCCCACCCUGUCUUUCUUUGCCCCGACCCAGUCAAUCUGUUGGCACCAUGGAAGGUGCCACAGCACAUUAGAGUGCUGUGUAGCGACGGCAGCUCGUGGCUCCGUGCAUUAAAGCACGUUCACGGACCCCCGCUGGGCUUCUGACCCCUGUAGUCAUUAACAGCUUUUGACUCACAAUUAGCCAGACAAGUUUAUUAGCUGCCUGCAGGAGCUGGGAUAGUUUGGGAUGGUGCAGUUAGCGAGGGCGUAUCAACAAAAUGAGUGAGAGUGAUAGGGAGGCUGGUGUUAGCAUUAAAGUGAAGGGGAGGCCUAGAGUGGUAGGUCACAGGUGUGGAGGGUGGUUUUGGUACAGAGGAUGACGGUACCUUAUAUGUCUGUCUAUGUGUGGGUGGGCGUGCAGGUAUGUCCUUUGCUCUGUAUAGUAUCUAAGCCUGGCAAGCAGACGCGUGCAUAGAUAGGGCUCUACCUGUGCAGAGCACAUGCCCCUUUGCCCUUUUGGGUGGUGGUAUAAUUUCCCCCUAAAAAUGUUUUUGUAUAAAUGUUUUGUCAUUGUUGUUCUUGACUCAGUUCCUUUUGAACCCCCCAGGGAUGGAUCAAUGGAUGUUCAUACUCUUACUGGUACACCAAAAUCAAUAGGCUACAAAGCACAGUAAUAGCUCUGAAGGAUGCUUUUGAAACGCUUCUCUUAUCUGGCCUAGUCUGGUUGCCACCGUUUCUCCAGACCUUAGAGUUUACUUUAGCUGCAUUAUCUGGUGCAAGGCCUACCAUCCAUUUCCAUUCAUUUAGCCUGUAUUCCAAAUGGCUCCCUAUGGCCUAUGUAGUGCACUACUUUUGACCAGAGCCCUAUGUGCCGGAACAAAGGUAGUGCACUAAAUAAGGAAUAGGGUGCCAUUUGGGACGUAGCCUUAGCCAAGUAGGAUGACUGGAGGCGAGGAGACGUUGCUAGUGUCUUGGGAUGAGUCCCAAACACAACUCUAGUUGUUCGGAACCCACUGCCUACCGCAAUUUGUCGUAACGUUGUCAAGUUCAACCCCCCCCCCAUCCCAUCCGUUGGUUGCACCUGUUGAUCUGAACAGAGCCCGGUUGCGCCUUUUUCCCAGUCUGCCCUUUACGGAGAUUGCGCGUGCCCAGUAUCUAAAAAUGCAUAUGGCUUGAGAGAUGCGGACAUCGGUCGAGUGUGUGCAGCUAGCUACCUAGUUUAAAUAUCAACAGUACUGCCCCAGCAGCAUAACAUUUGAUUAACACUUGAUAACGCUUGAUUUAGCCUACAUCAUCAUCAAUAUUGGGUCUGGUUGGCUGAUACAUGCAGCAGAGAGAGGCAGAAAGACAGAGAGAGGCCCAGCUGUAUCAACUACCCUCCGAUCCAACUCCAUCCCUUCUUCAGUCGGGAGUUGCACAUGUGUGUCAGGGCAGCAGCAACACAGGUAGUCUACACUCUAGCUAACGACCAUACAAAAAUAUCUACACAAGCCACUAGCCAGCCAGCCAUAUAUCAUGAGUUACAGUGGGGAAAAAAAGUAUUUAGUCAGCCACCAAUUGUGCAAGUUCUCCCACUUAAAAAGAUGAGAGAGGCCUGUCAUUUUCAUCAUAGGUACACGUCAACUAUGACAGACAAAUCGAGAUUUUUUUUCUCCAGAAAAUCACAUUGUAUGAUUUUUAAUGAAUUUAUUUGAAAAUUAUGGUGGAAAAUAAGUAUUUGGUCACCUACAAACAAGCAAGAUUUCUGGCUCUCACAGACCUGUAACUUCUUCUUUAAGAGGCUCCUCUGUCCUCCACUCGUUACCUGUAUUAAUGGCACCUGUUUGAACUUGUUAUCAGUAUAAAAGACACCUGUCCACAACCUCAAACAGUCACACUCCAAACUCCACUAUGGCCAAGACCAAAGAGCUGUCAAAGGACAGCAGAAACAAAAUUGUAGACCUGCACCAGGCUGGGAAGACUGAAUCUGCAAUAGGUAAGCAGCUUGGUUUGAAGAAAUCAACUGUGGGAGCAAUUAUUAGGAAAUGGAAGACAUACAAGACCACUGAUAAUCUCCCUCGAUCUGGGGCUCCACGCAAGAUCUCACCCUGUGGGGUCAAAAUGAUCACAAGAACGGUGAGCAAAAAUCCCAGAACCACACGGGGGGACCUAGUGAAUGACCUGCAGAGAGCUGGGACCAAAGUAACAAAGCCUACCAUCAGUAACACACUACGCCUCCAGGGACUCAAAUCCUGCAGUGCCAGACGUGUCCCCCUGCUUAAGCCAGUACAUGUCCAGGCCCGUCUGAAGUUUGCUAGAGUGCAUUUGGAUGAUCCAGAAGAGGAUUGGGAGAAUGUCAUAUGGUCAGAUGAAACCAAAAUAGAAUUUUUUGGUAAAAACUCAACUCGUCGUGUUUGGAGGACAAAGAAUGCUGAGUUGCAUCCAAAGAACACAAUACCUACUGUGAAGAAUGGGGGUGGAAACAUCAUGCUUUGGGGCUGUUUUUCUGCAAAGGGACCAGGACGACUGAUCCGUGUAAAGGAAAGAAUGAAUGGGGCCAUGUAUCGUGAGAUUUUGAGUGAAAACCUCCUUCCAUCAGCAAGGGCAUUGAAGAUGAGCUGGGUCUUUCAGCAUGACAAUGAUCCCAAACACCGCCCGGGCAACGAAGGAGUGGCUUUGUAAGACGCAUUUCAAGGUCCUGGAGUGGCCUAGCCAGUCUCCAGAUCUCAACCCCAUAGAAAAUCUUUGGAGGGAGUUGAAAGUCUGUGUUGCCCAGCGACAGCCCCAAAACAUCACUGCUCUAGAGGAGAUCUGCAUGGAGGAAUGGGCCAAAAUACCAGCAACAGUGUGUGAAAAUCUUGUGAAGACUUACAGAAAACGUUUGACCUGUGUCAUUGCCAACAAAGGGUAUAUAACAAAGUAUUGAGAAACUUUUGUUAUUGACCAAAUACUUAUUUUCCACCAUCAUUUGCAAAUAAAUUCAUUAAAAAUCCUACAAUGUGAUUUUCUGGAUUUUUUUCCCUCAUUUUGUCUGUCAUAGUUGACGUGUACGUAUGAUGAAAAUUACAGGCCUCUCUCAUCUUUUUAAGUGGGAGAACUUGCACAAUUGGUGGCUGACUAAAUACUUUUUUCCCCCACUGUAUAUCCAAUUGCGAUCCAAUCUUGUCUCACCACUGCAACUCCCCAAUGUGUCCUCUGAAACAUGACCCACCAAGCUGCGCUGCUUCUUAACACCCGCUCGCUUAACCCGGAAGCCAGCUGCACCAAUGUGUUGGAGGAAACACUGUUCAACUGACGACUGAAGUCAGCUUCCAGGCGCCCGGCCCACCACAAGGAGUCGCUAGAGCGUGAUGAGCCAAGGAAAGCCCCUCGACCAAACCCUCCCCUAACCCGGACGAUGCUGGGCCAAUUGUGAGCCGCUCUUUGGGACUCCAGGUCACGGCCAGCUGUGACACAGCCUGGGAUCGAACCCCAGACUGUAGUGAUCCCUCAACACUGCAAUGCAGUGCCUUAGACCGCUGUGCCACUCGGGAGGCCAGAGUUAGACAAUUAUAAAUAUUAAAUUAUGAAGUUAUUAUUUGAUACGAGCAUUGAAGAUAAAUCACUAUCAGUAAUCUUUUUUCACAUUUUCUUACAUUACAGCCUUAUUCUAAAAUUGAUUUUAAAAAUAUUUCCUUAUGAAUCUACACACAAUACCCCAUAAUGACAAAGCAAAAAUAGGUUUUUAGAAUUUUUUACAAAUAUAUUAAAAAAUUAAAAACGGAAAUAUCACAUUUACAUAAGUAUUCAGACCCUUUACUCAGUACUUUGUUGAAGCACCUUUUGCAGCGAUUACAGCCUUGAGUCUUCUUGGGUAUGAUGUUACAAGCUUGGCACACCUGUAUUUGGGGAGUUUCUCCCAUUCUUCUCUGCAGAUCCUCUCUCAAGCUCUGUCAGGUUGGAUGGGGAGCGUCGCUGCACAGCUAUUUUCAUGUCUCUCCAGAGAUGUUAGAUCGGGUUAAAGUCUGGGCUCUGGCUGGGCCACUCAAGGACAUUCAGAGACUUGUCCUGAAGCCACUCCUGCGUUGUCUUGGCUGUGUGCUUAGGGUUGUGUCCUGUUGGAAGGUGAACCUUUGCCCCAGUCUGAGGUCUUGAGCGCUCUGGAGCAGGUUUUCAUCAAGGAUCUCUCUGUACUUUGCUCCAUUCAUCUUUCCCUUGAUCCUGACUAGUCUCCCAGUCCCUGCCGCUGAAAAACAUCCCCACAGCAUGAUGCUGCCACCACCAUGUUUCGCUGUAGGGAUGGUGCCAGGUUUCCUCCAGACGUGACGCUUGGCAUUUAGGCCAAAGAGUUCAAUCUUGGUUUCAUCAGACCAGAAAAUCUUGUUUCAGGGUCGGAGAGUCCUUUAGGUGCCUUUUGGCAAACUCCAAGCGGCUGUCAUGUGCUUUUUACUGAGGAGUGGCUUCCAUCUGGCCACUCUAUCAUAAAGGCCUGAUUGUUGAAGUGCUGCAGAGAUGAUUGUCCUUCUGGAAGGUUCUUCCAUCUCCACAGAGGAACUCUGGAGCUCUGUCAGAGUGACCAUCGGGUUCUUGGUCGCCUCGCUGACCAAGGCCCUUCUCCCCCAAUUGCUCAGUUUGGCUGGGUGGACAGCUCUAGGAAGAGUCUUGGUGGUUCCAAACUUCUUCCAUUUAAGAAUGACGGAGGCCAGUGUGUUCUUGGGGACCUUCAAUGCUGCAGAAAUGUGUUAGUACCCUUCUCCAGAACGGUGCCUCGACACAAUCCUGUCUCUAAGCUGUAUGGACAAUUCCUUCGACCUCAUGGCUUGGUUUUUGCUUUGACAUGCACUGUCAACUGUGGGACCUUAUAUACACAGGUGUGUGCCUUUCCAAAUCAUGUCCAAUCAAUUGAAUUUACCACAGGUGGACUCCAAUCAAGUUGUAGAAACAUCUCAAGGAUGAUCAAUGGAAACAAUUUUGAGUCUCAUAGCAAAGGGUCUGAAUACUUAUGUAAGGUAUUUCUUUUUUUAUUAUUUUUUAUUGGCAAACAUUUCUAAAAACCUGUUUUAGCUUAGUCAUUAUGGGGUACUGUGUGUAGAUUGGUGAGGGAAAAAUAUAAUUUAAUCAAUUUCAGAGUAAGGCUGUAACGUGACAAAAUGUGGAAAAAGUCAAGGGGUCUGCAUACUUUCCGAAUACACUGUAGGUGGUUGACAACACUCCUGCAUCUAUACGGUACUAUAUCACCCAUAUCAAUGACAGAUCCAUUAUCAUAUAUAUGAAUCUUGACCCUUCACCUCUGUCUUUCGCAGGUGUCCAUGAAUUGUGACUACGUGUUUGUGAACGGGAAGGAGACACGGGGCUCAAUGAACGCCCGGGUCAUCUUCAGCUACGAGCACCUCAGUGCCCCCCUGGAGCUGACCGUGUGGGUGCCCAAACUCCCCCUCCAAGUGGAACUGUCCGACAGCAACCUGAGCUUCAUCAAGGGCUGGAGGGUACCCAUUCUUCCUGACCGCAGGUAGGACUCGCCCACACACGAAACACAUCAAACACUGCUGUUUUGAUGUUUCUUUUACUGAAUUUGAGGUUACUGUAUCAUCUGUCAUGUAUCGUCUCAAUUGUGCACCCCAUGUUUUGAUUGUGUCAUAUGUUACAUGUUGUGGUGGCAGAAUUUGGGGUGAGCUGUUGUAACUUCUCAAGGUUUAUUCUCUGUUCUGUGAUGAACUGCAUUUCAUAGACUCCUGUUAUGUUUGCACCCUAACACAAGGCCAUAAUGUUCUGGGACUGUUGCUUGUUUAAAUAAACUGUUGUGUAACAAAUAGGAUUGUAUUAUCACCUUCUAUAUGAGAGACAUGCAACCAUCUCCCCUCCGAGUUCUUCCCUGACUGUGAUCAGUGACAGAUCUCCCCUGCAGCUGCUUGAUUAAAGAUGUAUUAUUACACUGUAAAAAGUCACUGCCUAGAUCUGUGGAUCAUGUUUUCCACAACAAUGUCGUUCUAGGGACGGGAUCGUAAGAAAACCUGCCUAAGCAAUGUUUAGGCCUCUUAGCACAAUUACUACCUGUGCACACAUGUUUUAUUAGAGUUUAAGCCAACCCAUGGUUUCAAGUAAUCAAACUUAUCCCUCUUAAAUAAUUGAACUAAACUAUGACGUUUGCUGAGAACAGGAUGUUAAGCCAAUUUUAGAUCAGACUGACAAUAAAUUCAUUGCAUGUUUUUAGGGCCGGUUUCGCUUACACAGAUUAAACCUAGUUUUGAAAAACCUAUUUCAAUAGAGAUUUUCAAUUGAGAAUGGUUCUUAAUCCUAGGCUUAAUCAGUGUCUGGGAAAUAGGCCCCUAGGGUUUCACAUUUUCUGAACCAUGAAUCACAAUUAACUAUUGUGUAUUCAUAUUUUGUAGGGAAUAUGAAAAAAACUUAACUACAGAAGGCUUUUUAUGGUUGAUUUUGUUAUUGAAUGGCAAGAGAAUUGUAUCACCAAAUGUCAUUACGCCAUUUUGGCAAAACAUUAAGCACUUACAGUUGAAGUCGGAAGUUUAGAUACACUAACGUUGGAGUCAUUAAAACUUGUUUCUCAACCACUCCACACAUUUCUUGUUAACAAACUAUAGUUUUGGCAAGUCGGUUAGGACAUAUACUUUGUGCAUGACACAAGUCAUUUUUCCAACAAUUGUUUACAGACAGAUUAUUUCACUUAUAAUUCACUGUAUCACAAUUCCAGUGGGUCAGAAGUUUACAUACACUAAGUUGACUGUGCCUUUAAACAGCUUGGAAAAUUCCAGAAAAUGAUGUCAUGUCUUUAGAAGCUUCUGAUAGGCUAAUUGACAUCAUUUGAGUCAAUUGGAGGUGUACCUGUGGAUGUAUUUCAAGUCCUACCUUCAAACUCAGUGCCUCUUUGCUUGACAUCAUGGGAAAAUCAAAAUAAAUCAGCGAAGACCUCAUAAUAAAAAUUGUAGACCUCCGCAAGUCUGGUUCAUCCUUGGGAGCAAUUUCCAAACGCCUGAAGGUACCACGUUCAUCUGUAGUACGCAAACAAUAGUACUCAAGUAUAAACACCAUGGGACCACGCAGCUGUCAUACGGCUCAGGAAGGAGACGCGUUCUGUCUCCUAGAGAUGAACAUACUUUGGUGCGUAAAGUGCAAAUCAAUCCCAGAACAAUAGCAAAGGCCCUUGUGAAGAUGCUGGAGGAAACAGGUACAAAAGUAUCUAUAUCCACAGUAAAACUAGUCCUAUAUCGACAUAAUCUGAAAGGCCGCUCAGCAAGGAAGAAGCCACUGCUCCAAAACCGCCAUAAAAAAGCCAGACUAAGGUUUGCAACUGCACAUGGGGACAAAGAUCGUACUUUUUGGAGAAAUGUCCUCUGGUCUGAUGAAACAAAAAUAGAACUGUUUGGCCAUAAUGACCAUUAUGUUUGGAGGAAAAAGGGGCUUGCAAGCCGAAGAACACCAUCCCAACCGUGAAGAACGGGGGUGGCAGCAUCAUGCUGUGGGGGUGCUUUGCUGCAGGAGGGACUGGUGCACUUCACAAAAUAGAUGGCAUCAUGAGGAAGGAAAAUUAUGUGGAUAUAUUGAAGCAACAUCUCAAGACAUCAGUCAGGAAGUUAAAGAUUGGUCGCAAAUGGGUCUUCCAAAUGGACAAUGACCCCAAGCAUACUUCCAAAGUUGUGGCAAAAAAUGGCUUAAGGACAACCAAGUGAAGGUAUUGGAGUGGCCUUCACAAAGCCCUAACCUCAAUCCUAUAGAAAAUGUGUGGGCAGAACUGAAAAAGCGUGUGCGAGCAAGGAGGCCUACAAACCUGACUCCGUUACCCCAGCUCUGUCAGGAGGAAUGGGCUAAAAUUCACCCAACUUAUUGUGGGAAGCUUGUGGAAGGCUACCCGAAACGUUUGACCCAAGUUAAACAAUUUAAAGGCAAUGCUACCAAAUACUAAUUGAGUGUAUGUAAACUUCUGACCCACUGGGAAUGUGAUGAAAGAAAUAAAAGCUGAAAUAAAUCAUUCUCUCUACUAUUAUUCUGAUAUUUCACAUUCUUAAAAUAAAGUGGUGAUCCUAACUGACUGAUUUUUUACUAGGAUUAAAUGUCAGGAAUUGUGAAAAAGUGAGUUUAAAUGUAUUUGGCUAAGGUGUAUGUAAACUUCCGACUUCAGCUGUACGUAGAUGUUUGCAAUGUGGUCAGAACAAGGACAAAAAAACUGCACUGUGUAUUAAACUUUUUUAGUGUGUUAUUUUUUACAAUAUUAAUUUUGCAGUAAUUGAAUGGUCUUUUAUUUAGUCCCCCCCCCCCCCCCCCCCCCUUUCUCUCUCUCUCUCGCUCUCUCUCUCGCUCUCUCUAAAACACAAUGCUGUUUAAGCCCUAAGUUUUAUCAAGGGCAGGUGUCUUGUACCGCAGUGUGUGUUCGCUACUUUGCCGCAUUGCUCACUGGCUGUGUUAUCCAGUAAUGGGUUCUAAAAGAGGAAAAAAAGGGGUAAACUCUCUCUGACCUGUGCGAGAGUCAUGAAACUCAAUGAAGAGAGUCACACUUUCUCUUGGGUUUACCCUAGUCUUAACUGAACGCUCGUCUACACUCUCGUCUCUCAACUGCCAUUGCGGCUUUGUUGUACAAGAUGAGAAACACAGGCGAACAGCACAUUUUAGCCUUAAAUGUCUAGCAUUAGCCAGCCAGGGGACGUGAUGCAUGUUCGAAUAUUUUCAGACCUUUUAGGGAACACGGGACGAGCCUGCUUGAUAUUCAGGCGGGCUCCUGGAAUCAAUGGAUGGUAUAUGCUUUGUUAGUCACUAACUGCUCACUGCCGCUCCUGCUUCUCAAGUUAUCCAAAAGGAAAAGUCAAAGCAAAGAUUAAUUAGCCUUGGAAACAGAAGAGGGCUUUUUAGCAUUUGGGGAAAGCCUGCAGCUUGUCAGACUGCUGAGGAAAGAACGGAAGACACACGUCCAAGUCGUUUUUGGAGGACUUUUGUGCCGGCUUGUAGUACUUUUCCCUCAGAAAGGGCACAUUGGAACAGACACUGUAACAAAUGUCCUCCAUAUGGAUUAGUGUUGGGCCUCUCAUCACAUCAAGUGCUAUGAUUUUAAUUAUAUAAUGAUAAGAAGCAAUGAAUAACAUAAUCUCCCGAAACAGGACGCAGGAUUUAACUACACGACAGCAUCUUCCACAAACAUAUUAAGUAAACAUUAUGCAUCAUUAAAGGUUAUGAUGAACUGCUGAAGCUGUUUAGUAAAUACUAAAGCAAAUACAUUUUUAUAUAUUUCCCCUUUGUUGUAAACUUUGACAAUGGUUACAGUUUUGAGAUGGAUAUUGACACUGGUAUUGACACUGGUAAUGGAAUUGAUACUGGCAACGAUAUUGACCAUGGUUACGGUAUUGAUACUAACAUCAUUGACCAUUUGUCACCCCCCUCUCUCUAUCAGGAGCGCCAGAGACAGUGACACGGAUGACGACGAGGAUGACCGGCGGGUGAGUCGGGGCUGCACCCUGCAGUACCAGCGCACCCUGGUCAAGGUGCUGACCCAGUUCCACACCACCUCCACCGAGGGCACCGACCAGGUCAUCACCAUGCUGGGGCCCGACUGGCAGGUGGAUGUGACCGACCUGGUGCAGGAUUCGCUGAAGGUGGUCGACCCCAGGAUAGCCGAGCUGGUGGACCACACUGUGCUGGUGGGCCUGGAGCUGGGGUCCACUGUACUGAAGGUAUAG